AUGGAUGCCAUAGGUGCUAACGGCCAUCCAGAUACCAGUGUAGCAACUCCCGACAACGCUGGGAGUCUGUCCGAUCCAACUGAAAAUUCCUUCAUUGAAUAUUCACUGACAAAAGAAUACCACAUCUCCGUGAGUUCUUCACUAUUGAACGUCUGA